CAAUUUCAUUCACAUUGGUUCUACACUCCCCUCCCCGCAGAGCCACCUGGCGCACCGGGUGCCGCUGAAGCCCUACGCCGCGCCGGUGCCGCGCUCCCAGUCCCUGCAGGACCAGCCCACCAAGAACGUGGCGGCUUUCCCGGUGCAGGACCCGGCGGCCCCGGCGCCGCCCCGCGCCCCCAUGAUCCGCCAGAACUCGGACCCCACCUCGGAGACACCCGCCCCGCCCGCCCGGCCCGGCCCCACCGACCCGCGGGGGCCCUGGGCCCGCACCGAGCUCGAGGCCCCACCCAAGGUGCCCCAGCGAACGUCGUCCAUCGCCACCACGCUCAACACCAGCGGGGCUGGGGGCAGCGCCCGGCAGGGCCACGCCGUCAGAGCCAGGUAAGGCCCCGGGCCCGGCCCUCUUAAUCCCUUCGAGCCCAUGUCCAGCGCAUUCAGGUACCCAGCCCAAUGCCCCCAUCCCCUGGGGUCCCCCCAGUACCCCACCGUCCCCCUCUUCCCUCAGGCCUCUAACUGACAGACUCUAGUGGCCAGGACACCUGGGUUCUAUUCCCAACUCUGCCAGUGUCCUUCUGGUCACCUUCAGCAGGUCACACUGCUGCGCUCUGCCUCAGUUUCCCCUCCCAUCUCUUGUCAGUUCAUUCCAGAGCUGUGGGGGGCAGGGACUCUUGGCUGUGCAUCUGGGCAGCAUCUCACCUUGCCUCCACCCCCCAGGGCUGCUGCUCCUACUUCAGCUGGUCCUGCUGGCUCUAGCACUGAGAUGCAGCCACCUCUGGAGCGGGGCAGCCGGUUACCCAGGGACCCCUAGCCCGGCCCUGAGACGUGCCCACCUCUGGGGCGGGGCGGCUGGUUACACAGGGACCCCUCGCCCGGCGCUGAGAUGCGCCCAGCUCUGGGGC